AUGCCGGAAAAAGAGACCCCGGAGGGUAUUAGGGAGAGCGUCAGCGAGGAACCUAUUGAGUGGGAUGGUGCUUUACACGGGGUUCGCCUUUUCCUUGGGGCCCUUGGUCUCGGCUUGGCUCUAUUUCUCACUGGCAUUGAAGCUACUAUCGUGAGCACGUCCUUGGUGACUAUCACCAAUGACUUAGGGGAUUUCGGUCGAAGCAGUUGGGUUAUCACGUCCUACUUGCUCACUUAUACCGGAUUCCUUAUGAUCUGGUCGAAGAUUGGUGACAUCUGGCGGGUGAAGACAAGCCUUCUUACAUCUCUUUCUAUUUUCACCGCGUUUUCCGGCGGCUGUGGUGGUGCGCAUAGUCUCAGUCAAUUAAUCAUCUGCCGUGCAUUUCAAGGGAUAGGCGCCGCUGGUGUAUACUCACUCACGCUCUUUUCCUUCGUCCGCAUAGUUCCAUACCGACAAUACGAUACCAUCAGCUCCGUCGCUGGCGGCAUUCUGUCUCUAGGGCUUGCCCUUGGUCCCUUGAUUGGGGGUGCUGUUGCUGAAAAGGGCAAUUGGCGCUGGGUAUUCUUGUGCAAUGUUCCGGCAGGUGCCUUUUCCCUGAUACUGUUACUUUUCGUGCUGCCAGCCAACUUUCCCUAUGAUUCGUCUACCCAAACUGCAGUAUCUUCUACAUGCCAUGAAAUUGGUCUGAAAGUUAAAACUUUUCUUCGGCGCGCAGACGUCCUUGGCGCAUUGGCUCUGUUAGCUGCGUGCUCAUUUGCCAUUGCAGCCCUACAGGAAGGCAAUUUUGAAUACCCAUGGUCAUCCGGUCUUGUGAUCAGUUUUCUCGUCAUUUCAGGGCUCUUCUGGGUUGUCUUCAUCUGGUGGGAGUGGCUUAUUAGCAAGCGGGAUCUGAAUAUUUACGCCAUGUUCCCCUGGAGACUGGCUCACAACCGCAUAUUCCUUGGGGCUGCGCUUGGGUUUUUCACUACGGGCCUCCCGAUGACCGUCAGUAUCAUCAUGAUCCCUCAGCGGUUUCAGAUCGUCAAUGGCUGCUCCCCGAUGGGUGCAGGAGUCCGAUUCUUAGCUUAUGCGUUAAGCAGCCCAGUCGGUAUAAUGUCCUGCUCUAUAUUAGUGGGACGGCUUAGAAUCCCAUUUUGCUAUAUUGCAAUUGGAGGUAUAGCCUUUCAGAUCGUCGGUCUUUUUCUGUUCUCCGAGACCCCGUUUUCAACAAAGAUCUCAGCUGCGCAGUAUGGAUACCUUGUCCUAGCGGGACUAGGAACGGGCACCAGCGUGGCGGUAUUCUAUAUGAUGGCGCCGCUUGUGGUAGAGGAGAAAGAUCAAUCUAUCGCCUUGAGUACCGGACUCCAGCUGCGCAUGCUCGGUGGUGUCCUCGGCGUUGCAGCAUCCACAACCAUCUUGCACAAUUAUUUGAAGAACCGAUUGACAGGGACUCUGAGUUCAGAGCAACUGGGCCUAGUGAUUUCCUCCAGUGACGCAAUCGGACUGUUCUCUCCCGGUACACAGCUUCGUAUCCGCCAGGCCUACUCUGUCGCCUACAGUGAGCAGGUGAAGCUCGCCGGGGCAUUCUCUGUGGCGCAACUACUCUCUGUCGCUAUGAUUUGGAAGCGCACGAAUGUGCGGUAUUUGAAACGUUAG